GUUCCGGGUCGUCAAAAGAUAUCAAGAUGGAGUUGUCAGAAAAAUCCGAAAAAUUGUUCAGGGCUAUGUCUGUUUUCGACACUAGUAAAGGCGGAACAUCAGAUGAUUCGUGGAAUCUGGUGGAUGGCUUGUUGUCAAUGGGGAAGGGUUUGAUGGAGAUGAAGAAGAGCGGUUCCCAGGAGUUAAAUUUUGAACAAAGAAAAGAACUGAUCGUGUCUAUGGUGGAAUGGACCCGAGGGAUUGGUCUAUUCGUUAAGGCCGCCUCCGAGAGUAAAGGACAAUCUAUUGAUCUGUCAUCUUUUGGGAUUGACUAUGACAACAGUGUAGAAUCUCCUAUUAAAAGAGCUAUGUACGAAACACAAGGAACAUUCUCACUACCCCAUUACUUGGAGAAUCUCCCUAAAAAGGCCCAAGACGUUGAGCCUUUCGCUUACAAUGGUAUGUCGCACUUCAUCGAUAGCCUAGAGAGUAAGUGUCCUGCGACAACAGAGUUCAAGGAUUUAUUUGUAAAGCUGGAGGACUACAUGGCAUGCUUCAAGUCGGCAUCAUCCGGAUCAAAAGAUUUCAAGGUGGACAUGUCAAGAAAAUCUCAGACGCUCUUCAAGGCUAUGUCUGUAUUAACUGGUGGCAGCGGGAUAUCUGUGGAUUCGUGGAGGAUGCUCGAUGGUUUGUUGACAAUGGGAAAAUUUUUGGUUGACAUGAAGAAGCAUGGUUCCAAUGAGAUAACUUUCGAACAAAGGACAGAAAUGGUCGGGUCUAUGGUGAAAUGGGCUAGAUCUAUCGGUCUUUUCGCCAGGAUGGCCUCUGAGAAGAAAGGAAAAACCAUUGAUCUAACACCUUUUGGUAUUUUUCAUGCCCGAAAUUAUGGAAAAGGUAACUUCAAAACAUCCAGCGAGCUCUAAUCAUCCUAUGAAAAAAGUCACCCUCCAAGUAAAGAUAUAACAAGUGAGUGUAAAAAGUAAUAAUGUUUUCAUUUUAUACAGACAGCCCUUGCAUUGUAAGACACGAGAGAGCUGUAGAUCAUUUUUGGCUAUUAUAACUAUAUUAAUAAAAAUAUUACUAAUUCUUUUUA